CAACUCAGCGGUUGUUUCAGAGGCAGCGACGGCUGCGGGCAGUAAAAAUGGCAGAAGCUGUAGACCUCCUGAAUCAGGAGCAAUUCAGCUGUCCGAUCUGUCUGGAUCUACUGAAUGAUCCAGUGGCUAUUCCCUGUGGACACAGUUACUGUAUGAGCUGCAUUAACAGCUACUGGGAUCAGGAGGAUAAUGCUGAAGUUUACAGCUGUCCCCAGUGCAGACAGACCUUUACGCCAAAGCCUCUUCUGAAUAUAAACAUCAUGCUGUCUGAAGUGGUUGAGAAACUAAAGAAGAAAACAUUUCAAGACUUUUCUCCUGCUGACCAUUAUGCUGGACCUGGAGAUGUGGAGUGUGAUGUCUGUACUGGGAGAAAACACAAAGCUGUCAAGUCCUGCCUGGUGUGUCUGGCCUCUUACUGUGAAUCUCACCUUCAGCCUCACUAUGAAUCUCCAGCUUUUAAGAAGCACAAGCUGACUGAUGCUACUGGACGUCUGCAGGACAAAGUCUGUCCCCACCAUGACAAACCCCUGGAGGUCUACUGCCGUACCGACCAGCAGUGUAUCUGCUAUCUCUGUACGAUGGAUAAGCACAGAGGCCAUGACAAUGUCUCAAUCACCACAGCAAGAACUGAGAAUGAGAGGCAGCUCAGGACAACACAAAAGACAAUUCAACAGAGGAUCCAGCUGAGAGGCAAGGAGUUGCUUGAACUGAGAAAGGCUUUGGAGUCGCUCACAUGCUCGGCACAGACAGCAGCGAAGGACAGCGAGAGGAUGUUCAAUGAGCUGAUAGACUCUGUCAGGAGGAAAUGCUUGGAGGUGAAAGAGCUGGUGGGAGACCAGGAGAAGACGGCAGUGAUUCGGACCAAAGGGUUGGUGGAGAAACUGGAGCGGGAUAUUUUACAGCUGAAGAAGAGAGAGUCGGAGCUGGAGAAGCUCUCGCAAACAGAGGAUGACAUCCAUUUCCUUCAGCAUCACCCGACUCUCUGCACCCUCCCUGGGACGGGGGUCUUACCCGCAACGCCGGUCAAUCAGAAGCAGUGCUGCUUCAGGGCUGUGAGCGCCGCUGUGAAUAAGCUGAAGGACAAACUGAGGGAGAAGCUGGAAGAGGAGGGCAAGGAGAUUCUGGAAAUGAUUACGGAAGAAGGACCCACAACCAGAGAGGAGUUUCUGAAAUAUGCUUGCCGGAUCACACUGGACUCCAACACUGCAAAUUCAGGCCUCGCCUUAUCCUGCGGGAACCAGAGUGUCAGCACGGGGAACCAAAGGUCCUACCUCCGGCACCCGGAGAGAUUCACCUCCUGCCCCCAAGUGCUAUGCAGAGAGGCUCUGUCUGGCUUCUGCUACUGGGAGGUGGAGUGGGACGGCAAGGACGGGGUCGACAUCGCGGUCGCGUACAAAAGCAUCUCCAGGAGUGGAGUCGGUGAAAACUUCAGGCAGGGGACCAAGUCCUGGAGUUUACACUGCACCCAGUCCGGCUACCAGUUUUACCAUAAUAACGAAAAUACUGCUAUUUUGGGUCCAUAUGCUCCCAGGAUAGGGGUGUAUCUGAAUUAUAAGGCAGGAAUUCUCUCCUUCUACAGCAUCUCAAACACCAUGACCCUCCUGCACAGGGUUCGAACAACGUUCACUGAGCCCCUCUAUCCUGGGUUUUCGUUGCAUACUAAAUUAUUUUUCAGCCAAUUCGCUUCAGGAGAAUUAAAUAGUAUUAGAAGAGCUACAGUUAAAAUAGUAGAUAUUUGCUGAUGCUAUAGUCAGUUUUCAUUAAAUAUU